UAAAGGGGGGCAUUUACUGACCGUAAACCCAGCCCGUCACUUAUCGUGGGCAACUUUUUACCACAGGACCCAGUACAACGCUGAAGUCUGUUUUACAACGCAUCUUGUAAUUACCUGAACAUAUGGGGUGAUCAAGUAUAUAGGCAGCGUCUUGAUGGAGUGUGGGAUUGGCGUUUGUGGGUUUGGAAUAUAUAUAUGUGCCUGGGUAAGCUCAUGCGGGCCGAACCUUAAAAGUGUAGCUUGACUUUCCGUGCUUCUCGUCUUAGUUGUAGAUGGCGACAAUCAAUCCAGAACCAUCAUUUCUUCGGGAAACCAAAUACCGCAGCCAAGUAGCAGCAUAUGUGGAUGCAAUUUCUCUUCUUUCGACUUCAGUAUCCUCUGCAGCCUUCAUAUCUCUUCGAAGUGCUACAGUACUACCCCCUGAUUGCAAGGGAGAUGGCGCCGGCGCAGCUACAACGCUCCGACAAAGACAGACGCCUCAGAUCCAUCCUUUCAUUCGCUGCCGACUUGCAAGCGCAAUUACCACUUGUAUUCGCCAAACCUCCCGGCUCGCUGUUCAACGACGUCCAGAAACAAAUCCUAACCUUUCCCAACAAUCUUGGCCCCUCUGCAACUGCCAAAUGCGAGGAGAUUGAUAGUAAUGGCACGACUCUUUGGAAUAUCUGUACUCGACUUCGACGGACCUACGAUUCCGAAAAACCACAAGAUGUACCGGUCAUAUUGCUCAUCACGCGUGUGUUUGCGUUCCUCCUAUUAGACUGUGCUCUUGAAAGUGGGAAAAGUACUAUUGCGAACCUUGUGCGGUUGAUGAAGAUUGGUAUCAAGGCCGCAAAGAAUUGCAUUGGUAUGAAUCAGACAGAUCUCGCACUGAAGGUUCUCGAGAAAUUGGGCAAAUAUGAGCUGCUAUUGAAAAAUCCGGAUGGACAGUCUUCCCGUGAGAAUGUUGAGGUCCACGAAAGACUGGUCGCGGAAUAUUAUGUCCUUCGGACUGCAUUGGCAUGGCAUCAAGACCAACUCGAAAUGGCAGAGCAUAUGUUCAAGAAAUCGAUGUCCUCGAAGCACUUCUUCGACCCCGGUACAGCAGAAAGUUUAGCAGACGUUCUCUACGAGAUGGGGAAGGAUCUUCUUGUGAAACAACAGUAUACAAUGGCAGUUAAAUGGCUCGACAGAGCAUAUCAGAUUCUUAUUGAACAAGAGCUGGAUAGACUCAGUAUGGACGCAAGCGAACUUCGAAUAUCGAUCGUCGAGUCUUUGAUUAAGGCAUUAUUAGGAAUCCAAGACCAAGAGUCAGCGGAUAAAGCCCGCAGCCUGGUUGAUUUUCUUGAAAAUGAAGUUGGAGACAAGCUGAUUGUGCUGUUGUUGAGACUGGACCUUCUCUCCGCAACGACCAAUGAGAGUUUCGACAGCAAUUCAUAUAGCGAUAUCCUACGGAGAAUGACUAGGACCGUGGUUCUCACCGAACCAAACUUCAAGCUGAUCAUGUACCACAUCAGAAAGCUGAACGAGAGAAGCCCCGGUCUUGCCUGUAAAGCUUUGGAUGAGCUUCUAAGGCUACGCAUUUUACAAGCAGAACGAGAUGAGUGGGUCGAGAAGGUCAUUAUCACGCGCUUGUGGAUGACUACAAAUCAAAGAGACACACCGGAUGUCUUGGAAUUGCUUGAGGAAGUCCUAUCCGCAAUUCUUGAAAGCCUAGGCCAGCCAAUCAGCUCGGCAGUUACCCUUGCAGCGCAUACGCUAUUAUGGAAACGUAUCGAGUCCAACUACACCCAGGGACAGUAUGACGCGGCAGAGAGAUGGUGCCGUCUCGCCAUGCAUCGGAUAUUUGAGAAGUCAGGGGAACUCAACAUGGCUCGAAUCUCAAGGAAACUUUUACUAUGUGCGCUUGCGAAACAGGACACUAAUAGUGCACGAGAUACUUUUGCAUCGAUGUCGGAUACGUCUAAAAAUGAACCCAUGACGAGGUUCCUGAUGUAUAAGGUAGCUAUACGCUGUGGAGAUGUUGAUCUUGCCGCCGACUGUCUACGAAUAAUCAGUUCCUCUUCCUCGAAAGACCCAACACUUCUAUAUGCAUGUGUCUUGGAUGCCCAGCAAGUUGGUAAUAGAUUGCUAGCGCUGAUGGCUCUGCAGCUUGUUCUGGAGGAGCAGUUUGUUCUCAAAAAUCAUAGUUUUGCGGCUUCCAGCACUGUGCAUUUGCCGUCACUUCUUCGUAGCACAAUUUCAUUGACGUCUGCAGUUCUUAAUGGAUCGAAAGACACCGAAGGCUCACCUGAAGCCGAGGCGAACGUGGAGAAACUUUGCAAGUUUUUCGAAGGGGCCGUCACUGAUAUGAAAAAGACGUGUCUAUCAAUACAGGCGUCAGAAACCAUUUGGACUAUCCCUGAGCUUGACUGGUUCUCGAAGAAUUCGUACAACCUCGCCGUAAAGCACCUGUCAAUUUGGAAUCCUCGACAUUCCUUGCGUAUGCUAAUAUGCUGUAUUGCGUUCAUCGACCAGUAUCCAAAAGACUUGGCCGAGACGGUGUCCGAUGAUUUGUCACUGCGCAAAAUGUUCUGCGAGUUUUCAGCCGCAAUAGCGCUCGUUGCUCUAGCUCGUGGGGAAGACCUUAUUGAAAAUCAACUACAAGAUUAUCUAACUCUUCGAAAACACGUUAGCAGCUUUGACAACCUUCUGCAGGAGAAACUAGAAAAAUUAGAGGGGGGUCCUAAACAGGACCUGCUUCAAAAGCUUGCAGUUUUGUUGGGGUUUGACUUUGAAGCAUCUUGCAAAUUGAAAGCUUGGGAUGAUCUUAGUGAGAUCAUUAUCAAGGCAGCAUCCUGCAACAGCCCACGGGUCUACGAAUUGAUGGCAGAUUGCAUCUUAUCAUCACAAGCUCCAACGCAAGUCCUAGUAACAAGCUUAAAGAAAAUUGUCAAUGAAUCCUGGACCCUCGAGUCACUCAAUAGCACGAAACUGGGCAAGUACAUGCGUUGCCUCUUUCAGGUUGCUUUGACCGAUAGCCCCGGUAUUGCAGAGCAACUGCUUGACCAGGUCCACAGCUUGGCCUCGGAAGCGUCCCAGACAGACCACCCCUAUCCCUCGGACGAGCUUGAAUGGAUCGCGACUCGCGCUUUCAACCACGCCGUGGAUCUAUACUGUAGUGAACAAGACGACGCGUGCAAGACCUGGGCCGGCAAAGCCUUCAACAUCGCACAUCUCUGCAACGAUGAUGGCGCCUUGGAGAGAACGCUGCAGGGCAAGUUCUUAGGCUUGAAAUGGGAUGCCUGA